GGGAGAGGAAAAGAGCGAGAGAGGGAGGGGAGACAGAAGUAGAGGGAAAGAACGAGAGGGGAAAGGGAGACAGAGGUAGAGAGGUAGAGAGAGAGAGAGGUAGAGGCGCACAUAGAAUCACACAUAGACACAGACAAGCGACAGUCAUAGACUGAAAGACGAAGAGAGGGAAGGAAGAAGGAAAGUGCCCGAUGGUAGAUCGAAGGUGUUGGAAACUCAUAAAGUUGGGUAGAUGAAUAAGAGAGAAGUGUUUGACCACUCCUCAGCCAGUCCAUCUAUCCAUCCAGCCACUCGGGGGUACCUGCCCACAGAUAGAUGAUAAUACAGACGGUGUGACAGGGAGAAAGAAUAACAAAAACACCAGCAAGUGUCUCAUCGUUCAGAAUUUCUUCUUUGUUUGACACGAGAAAGCACCUUUGAAAGCUGUUUUGUGGCAGUAAUCCCGAAGAAGUAAAAAAACCACAAUUGUCUGCUGCUAUCUGAACCAACAAUCUUCUCUGAUUCGAUGAUAUUUAACUCUCAAAUGUUUUCCACCAUCAAACAAGAAGAGACGACAUACAAACACAUCUUAGAAACAUAUUUGGUUGACCAAUCUCUCCUUACUUCAUUUCUAACUCCAAUUAAACUUUCUUAGCUGGCCCAGAAUCAAUGCACACACAUAUAUAUAUAUAUGUGUAUAUAUAUAUAUAACAUAUUUUAUAAUAUUCUCCAGCAUUGAUAUCUAAUAACGGCUGCAGUUUUUAAGACUUUACAAGAUAUUCUCUGACCACCUCUGACAACAUUUCACUGUCUGCUCAGAGUUAACAGAUGUAGAGUGAAAUAUUUAUAUAUAUAUAUAUAUAUUGAUAUAGAUAUUUGUAUAGAUUGAAAUAUUGCUUUGUUACUCAGAUAUAUAAAUAUCUGUAUAUAAAAUUCUUUUUUGAAACUUCAUGUUUGCCGAUUGAAAAAUUAAAAAAAAACCUUGCAAAAAUGUCUCGAAGCAGCAAUUUGAAAAGACGAAAGAAAUCUCGGGCCGCAAAUGUUGAACGGAAAAAAAGUGUGGAUAAUAAUAAUGGCCCGAAUGAAGAAAAUGGAGAAGCAGGAGAUAACAACAUGAAACAAGAAGCUACAGAUGAACAACAACAACAACAGGAGCAUCAACAAGAACAACAGAUGAAAGAAGAAAAUGAGAAAUUGGUUGAGCAGAUGUCUUCUUCGUGCCAAGAAGAAGCAUGUGAAAUGAACUCAGAUUUCGUUGGCGAUAAUAACGAAAAGAAACUCAUUAAUGAUUAUGCUGAAAAUAGUAGUAAUGACGAUAUUAAUAAUAAUACUAAUUAUAAUAAUUUCAAUGAUGAUAAUAAUAAUGUUGUUAGCGAAGACAGCGAGGGUAUGGAGGUAGGUGACGAAGAAGAAGACGCUGCCCGACUUGAAGAGAAGAGCAAGGAAGAAGAGGAGCAAAGACUGAAACGGAUCAAAGAAGAAGAGGAAUACUGCAAGCGACUGGAACAGGAAGGAGAGGAAGGCACGGCUGUCAUUCGUGUUCAGACAAUGGAAAAUUCUCAUCGGUGCCAGAUUUGCAACGAGGAAUUUGCUGGUUUCCUUGAUCUUGAGAAACAUAAACUAACCCAUCGGCAAAUGAAGUCAUUCGACUGCAAAAUCUGCAGCAAGACUUUCACUCGCCGCAACCAUCUGAAACAACACAAGAGAACACACAAGAGGCCCAAUAAACUGCUGAAACCAUUGUUCCAGUGUAACGUUUGUGGGCUGAGAUUCUCUCAGAAAAUAAACUUGAUUGAUCACGAAAAGAAUCAUGAAACUGAGAUUUCUCCGCAGGAAGAGUAUACUCCGCCGCCCCCGCCCCAACCACAGCCCCUACAACAGCCCCUACCACAGCCCCUACCACAGCCCCUACCACAGCCCCUGCCACAGCCUCUGGCCCAACCCUUACCUCAGCCCCAACCAGUGGUCUGUGAUUCAGACCGACCUUACAAAUGCAAUUACUGUGAACGUACUUUCUCUAGGAAUGGUGACUUAAUGCGACAUAUGAGGUUCCAUGAAGAGGACACGAGGCAACAACAGCCACAAUACUUGAACCCUCAUCUACUGUGUCAAGAUGAGAAACCAUUUAAGUGUAACAUCUGUGAACGUGUGUUUUCAAGGAACGGUGAUCUGACGCGCCAUUUUCGAGUUCACGAAGAGCCGUCAUAUCAGCCAUCUCAAGUUGCCAACUGCCAGAAUGGAGAGGUAUUCAAAUGCAAUAUCUGCCAGUCUACAUUUUCAACCAACGGUAACCUCACCAGACAUAUGAAGAUCCACGAAGAAGUGGUCAUCCAGAACAGCCCCAACCAUUGCUAUCAAAAAGAAGGCAUGUUUUUCUGCAAUGUGUGUGGCAUUGAAUUUACCCGCAAUGGGGAUCUCACCAGACAUUUCAAAACCCAUGAGGAACCGUUGCUCCAAAACUGCAGCCAAAUCAAUAACAAUUGUAAUAAUAAUGACCCCUUUAAAUGUAACAUCUGCGGACUUGCAUUUUCCCAAAACAAUGACCUUACUAGGCAUAUGAAGAGCCAUACUGAAUCCUGCAUGCCCCACAAUGUAUACGGCUGUAACGGUGGUUGUACAGAAGAACCCCCUAUGGCAUUCUCUUGCCGCCUCUGCCGACGUGUGUUCUCCACGUUUAUAGAUAUGACAGAACAUAUGAAGAUGCAUAUGGAAGCAUCUCACGCUCCACUCACAAUGAAGCCGUGUUUUGAUAGUCAAAGCCAUGGCAGCCCUAAGGGUUGUAUGGAUGAACAACAUUGCAGUAUUCCACGACCUUGUCUCAAAGACGAACCUCAGAAUGGCUUGAGAUCGUAUCUCGAAGACCAACCCAUCAUUUGUCCAAUAUGCAAACGAUUGUUCUCACGACCAGGAGAUCUAACAAGACAUAUGAGGACGCAUGGUGAAACCGUUCUGCAGGAACACGAAAAUUUAGCUUUUUAUCAAGAGGAGAAACCAUUUAAAUGCAACAUUUGUACACGCACUUUCUCAAGAAACGGUGAUUUGACCAGGCAUUUUCGUAGUCAUGAAGACACCUAUCUUCAAAAUGUCGGCAACCCAGUUGUUCCAUACGAAACUGAAGAAUCCCAUCGCUGCAACACUUGUUGUUCAGUUUUCUCUACAAACGGCAAUCUGACGAGACACAUGAAAAUCCAUGAGGAAUUUAUUAGCCAGCAAAAUCUGAACAAUUCUCCAUUACAAAGAAAUAACAAUUCAUUCCGAUGUACAAUAUGUCAGAACUAUUUCUCGACAAACGGUAAUUUAACUCGGCACAUGAAAACACAUCGUGAAUAUUUUAGUCAGAACACUCCACCAAUGUCUGUGUGUCCAAAUGAAGACAGUUCCAUGUGUCAGAACAUUUGUCCACUGGAUGCAGACUUCCAAGACGGAGAAAAUUUAAAUUUUGAUUGUGAAGAAUGCAUGAAGGCUUACAAUGAGAAAAACAACCAGAACCAUAGCCCCUCUCUGCAGACUUUCACGUGUGUUAUUUGCGAGAAAGUGUUUACAAACUGUGAGAUGUUUGAGAGGCAUGUUCGAAGCCAUAACCAAGAUAAACCUUUCAUCUGUGAAAUAUGUGGAAAAGGGUUUGUACAGAAAUACCACCUGACUGUUCAUAAAAGGACUCACACCGGAGAAAGACCCUUUAAAUGUAAUUUAUGCGGGUUCGCUUUCUCUCGCAAGGACCAUUUGGUAAGGCACCAAAGGGACAAUAAGGUUGGAAUGUACAUCUCAGAGGCAGGUGAGACACGAUAUUCCUGCAUCCCAGGUGGUGCUUUACCAAGAUAGUGCAGAUAAAUCAACUCAGUGUCCUGCAUGGAAUGUUUGUUGUUUUUGUCUGCCUGUGCCUGCGAAUGUGGGGACUUUUGUCUGUUCCAUUUGUCUCUACUCAAGUAGCAAACCCUCAACACAGCACUGAAACAGUAGGCUAGGCACAUUCACUCAUAUACACAUACUUACACAGAUCUUGAUAUAAUGUCAUAUAUAUUUUAUCUUGGAUAAUUAUGUAAAAAAAAAAAAAUUUUAAAAAAAGCAAAAAGUUUUGCCAAAGAGAAAUUUCUGACAAUUUAUUUGGAUUACUUCUUCAACUACAACAACAACAAUAAUAAUAGUAAUAAUGAUAAUAGAAAUAAAAGAAUAUAUUAUAUUGAUAAAAUAAAUGUAAAUAUAGAUAUGCAUAUAUAUAUAUAUGUAUAUAUAUAAAUGUAUAUAUGUGUGUGUAUGUAUGUAUAUAUAUAUAUAUAAAUAUAUAUAUAUAUAUAUAUAUACUCACACACAGUGGGUAGAUAGCUAUUACUCAAGUUUUGUCACAAUCCAGUAUGGCAUGUUAAAGAAACUGAAACAAUGAUGAUGAUGAAAAUAAUAAUUAAUGAUAAUAAUAAUAAUAAUAUGGAAACAAUGGCUUACACACACACACAUGUAUGAGAAGAACAUUUUGUUACUAACUCAAUUGUCAUGGAGAGACGUGUGAAAAGAACGAGGGGAGAAUUAUAAACUUAGAAAUAAUUCUUGCUCAAUCAAAAACCUGAUAAAUAAAUUGAUUGAAUUUUUAUAUUUUCUUCUUUUUGUUAACAAAGAAGGCAACAAGAAGAAGAAGAAGAGACAUUUUAUUUAUUUCUUGUUUUUUUUUUUAUUAUUUCUAUGAAGAUUUUUUUUAUGUACACAGCCUUUUGUUGGUUUUUUUUUAACUUGUGUAUUAUUACCUCCCUUUAUAUGAACUCUUUGUUUUCCUCCCUUGAAACUUCAAUGUCUCUCUCUCUCUCCCACACUCUCUCUCUCUAUGUCCUUCUCUCUCUAUUCACACAGACAAACACAUUUACAUUCACAUCUAUCCACAAUCUCUGCUCUCUUUCUUUCUGUCUUAUUGUUUAGUUGGACAGUAGCUAUCAGAAUCAUAAGACUGCUAACUAUUGAUUCUUUGUUUCCACUUUUCCACAUCUACCUUGUCUAGUUUUCUUGAAGAAAGAAAGAAAGAAAGAAAAUAACAAAGAAAAAAACUGAAAAAGGAAAAGAGAGAAAACACACAGGAAUAUUAAAUAACACUGCAUAUUUGAAUGUGUGUGUUUAUAUAUAUAUGUAUAUGUAUAUAUAUAUAUAUAUAUAUAUAUAUAUAUAUAUAUAUAUAUAUAUAUAUACAUAGGUGUUAUAGACACACACAGACACACGUGUGUGUGUGUGUUUAAACCAAAUGAAUUCUUCAAGAAAUGUUGGUCCAGUCUUAGGAGUUUAAAUAUACAAAGGGAAAUUCUUUUCUCAUUCUUCAUUCCCAAGACAAAAAGUGGUGGAGGGGGAAGAAAAAGAAUCAUAAAGUAGAAAUUUAAUGUUUAACCUCCCUGGGUCUCCUUAUUCUUCACCUCCACCUCACCUCUCCACUCACACACACACACAUUUUUUUCCUCCAGUUUCCCUGCAAUAAACCAUUCCUGCCCCUUCAUCCCACCACCCAAAUAUGGCAAAAGUGUAAACAUCUUCAUCGUAUUAAGGAGAAAAACUCUUCCAAUUUAUUUCUGUGUCAUAGUUUCAGUUGAAAUUUUCAAACCAUUCUAAUUUGCCACAGUCACCAUCAUCAUCAUCAUCAUCAUCAUCAUCAACAGCAGUAGCAUCAUCAUCAUCAUCACCAUCAAUAUUGCUUCAGUUCAUAUUUCUAAUGAUAUAUCGAAGGCAGACAUUUUUUUUUUUGAAGAAAAUUUUAUUUAUUUACUUUGUUUUCAAGAAAAAUUAAUCUUUUUUUUGUUUAUAGAAAACAUUUUUUAUUUAUAUUUUAUCAUUUCUUUUUUUUCUUUGUAAGAAAAUUUUAUUUAUUUUUCUGUCAAGUAUAUUUUUUUGGCAUCAAAAAAUGUUGCUGAGGAUGAGAAAAAGGGAAGGGGUUGGCGGUGGGGGUGGGCACGACAACAGCAACAACUACAAUAAUGUGAAACUUAAAACACAUCAUUGGGUGUGGCUAAUGACAUUGUUGUGGUUACUGUUGUUGUUGUUGUUAGUGGAGGAGAAGUAGGAGGCAGAAACAACAGAGAAUCAGACUGAGAUAGAUACCUUGUGGUGUUGAAAUUCUGUCAUGGAUUUUUUUUCUCUUUUUGUUUCUUCCCCCCUCAUUCAUCUUCUAAGGCCGAAUAAAAUAAAGAAUGAGUCAAGAACUGCAAUGAAUUUAGUCAACUAGGAGUCCCCUCCCCUCAAAUUUCAGGUCCUGUUGUGUUCUUAUGUCAGAAAUAAUAUCAUCAUCAUCAUUAUUAUUAUUAUUGAGUGAGAGAACAGCACAUGGCAUCAAAAUCACUGUGGGGUACAAAUAUACGAAGUCCAGGAUGGAAGAGUAUGGUGCAAUACAAUGGAGUACAAAGCAGAGUGCAUCUGUGAAUUCUAAUGAAUCUCUGAUGGUUUUGUAAAUGCUGGUGCAAGGCAUGGUCCUCGUGAAAACUCCACCAAGGCCCCUGCUGCCCUCCUUCGAGUUUGUGGUUCAGAGUUUUAUGCUUUUCAACAAGUGGGCUUUGUUGCAUGGUCUGCAGUGUAACUCUAAUCUCAGGGGUCGGCAGUAAAUGAGAGUCAGUGGUUGGAAAGGCAAAACAAGAACAAUUAAACAAAUAGAAGACAUGCACCAAAAAAAUUAAAUCAACCUCUUCCUCGUGUUAAUUAUGGAGGAACAAAAGAAAAAAAAUGACUAAAUAAAUAUUUUAAACUACUUCCUGUCACAUGAACUUCUUUUUAAAAAUCUCAAAUGUUAAAGUAUCCAAAAUGAAUAAGGAAUUAAAGCUGUUGAUGAUGGUGGUAGUGGUUGUGGUGGUGGUUGUGAUGACGGUAGACUUUAAAAGUUAAGUCAUCAUCAUCAUCGUCAUCAUCCUUGACAAGACAUUAACUCCUUUCAUACCAACCAGUCUCAUGGUUUUCAUACAAACUUCCUAUUUUAAAAGGAUUUAAAUUAAAACCUCUCACAAAAAUAUCUCUACAUUACUUGAUGUUUCAAACAGCAAGUUUUUUAACUAAACUCUUCAUUAUUUUUUUCAAGAAUUACUUGACAUGCAGGAAAUAUAUUUCAAUGGAAAUAUGGUUAAAGAAAUGAGUGACCCUUUUUAAAGGGUCUCCACCUCAAUAAAAAAAAAAAGCUACUGUCCUCACACAGACCCUGUCUAUUACAGGUAUUCACCAUUUUUGACUCGACUCGUUUUUCAGGCAGUUUUUUUUACACCCUGUCAUGCAUACACACAUCAAAUUGUCUAUGUAAAUAUGUGCAUGUGUAUAUAUAUUAUAAUAUAAUAAAUAUAAUAUAACAUAAUAUAAUAUGUGUGUGUGUGUGUAUAUAUAUAAAUACAUAUAUAUAUAUUCUCACAGAUUAACUAUAACUAAUUAUAUGUACAUAAAUCUAUAAAUAUAUAUAUAACCAGUUCUGUUUGAUAAUACAAAUAUUAAAGAAUUAAUAUCUUA